GAUUAUCUUUGUUUGGUUCGCUGAAGUUGUUUUCUAGAUUUUCACGUCUAAGUGCAAAUUGUUUUCAAUUUUUUGGAGUAUUGUAACCCUGUUCAUUGAAAAAUGAGGGUCUAUCAUAUGGCGAAACCAGUUUGUUUAACGGUGGUAUAGAAUAAAUGCAACUAGAGGAAUUCUAAAUUCAAGGAUAGCUUAUUAUGUUGAUUCUUCCAAGACGUCGAAAGUAAACAAAUAAUCAGCAGUUGAUAUCGUUGCAAAUGAGUGAUUGAGAAAGAAUUUACGAAUAACUUUUCGAGGUCACAAUGGAUCCCAAACAAAUAACUGCGCUAGCCAAGCUGUUGAAGGACAGUGGUGAUAAAGUUCUCAAUUACGAGUAUAAGUUAACUCUAUCAGGGUCACUGUUGCGAGCCCUUAAUGACUCAUUUAGCUUAAUCGUAGAUAAAAAUGAAGUGUUACCUCCAAGAAGCUUCCAAGUUGUAAAACCGAACAAUGCUAAAUCGGAUGUAUUUCGUGAUCUGCAGUUUAUUUAUGAUUUUGUACAAAGAACUAUAGUUCUAAGUUUGAAUCAAUUUAUUAACGAUGAAUUGUACGAGUUUGCAGUUGACAUAAGUCAAUUUAGGAAUCUUCGUAAGCUGGAAAUUCAAAAGAUCCCGAUAAGUCAAAUUAUUGGCAUUCAGCAAAUAAGAUCACAAUUAACGGAAAUUAUUUGUAUUCGAAGCAUGUCACACAUAAAGGAGAUCAUUACAUCUUGUGGAGGUGAUAAUAGUAAUGGAUUCACAUGGAAUGAACUGCGAACGGCAAAUUUUUCGUACAACAUGUUGGACCACAUUGAUAGCUCUUUGGAAUUUACGCCUUGGUUAGAGCAUCUAAAUUUGAGCCAUAAUCAAAUUUUAACUGUAUCUGCUAUAAAGUGGUUGCCUAAUUUACGUGUACUGAAUCUGGGUUAUAAUCGUUUAACGCAUAUUCCUUCGCUUCACGUCGAUUCGGCGAGAAAACUUCAAGUUUUACACAUUUCGAACAAUUUUAUCGAAGACCUCACGGGAAUAUCCCGUUUGCUGGCUUUGAAUGAAUUGGACAUUUCUGGAAAUUGCAUUAUAGAUCACGCAGCUCUUCUUCCUAUCAGUACUCUAUCUUCACUCUGUUACUUGAACGUCAAAGAUAACCCGCUCGCUUGUCAUCCGAAGCAUCGGCAAGCAACAGCUCGAUAUCUCAAUAAAAACACUUCUCGACUGAAGUUCGUACUUGAUGAUGAACCUUUAACUAAAUAUGAAAAAACGCUCACUGGUAACUAUGAUAGUUAUCACGCAAUCCUCGUUCCAAGAAGCCCAGGAAGUAGUUGCUCUAGCAACAUCAACACCCCCACUAGAAAAAGUUUGAGCAACACACCCACAGGCAGCGUUACAUCUAGAAGUAGUGUGAAUGUUGAGUCCAGAGAUGAAAUGAGCUCCUCGGCAAAUUACCAAAAAAGAAUUAAAGUACGACGUGCGAUAAUUUCGGAAUGUGAUUCAAACGAAAACACCAUAAUGACAAACUCUUUUUUACAAUCGGAUGUGUGUACAAAAAAUUUAGAAUCUAGCAAUGAUCACCUGGAGACAAAAAAGCAAAUUGAAAAACUUCGCAAACAAUUUGGUAGUGAAUGGUUGCAGAGUCAGGCCGGUGAUAUGGUAAAAAACGUCAUCGGCUUUGAUCCAGACAGUGGGAGAGAGUUCGAAAGUGUAGCGCAUUACGAAAACAUCACUUCGGAUACCAAUUUGUUGGAUACCACCUCAACUACGAAGUCACUCGCAAUUUUAACCAGCUCAGUAAAAGAUUGCAAUCACGUCACAGAUGAAAGCAACAUGAUGACAUCGACUCCAGUGAAUCAAGACAGGUCAACGCUAUUGGAGACGUUCGAAUCUCCGAUCAAGGGCAAGUCAGAUACAUGUUCGAAUGUAUCUGGCUUCAAGAGUGUGUUCGAUGAGAAUGAAUCGAAUUAUACCUCGGUUGCUGAAACUACUGCCAACCAGUCUACGAGGGAGUCGUUAGAUUUAACAAACAUAUAUGGAAAAGUAGCAGAUGCGGAAAUAGAAUCCGAUAUAGAAGAAAAUGAGAGAUGUUAUGUAGUGAAUGUGAAGGGAAGUGCUACUGAAAUUUGUCUGAUAAUUUCCGACACAAGCAUUCGUGAAAAAGACGGUGGAAAAACAAAAACCCGCUGGGGAAUAAAAACAUUGCAAGCGUGUGAGCGCUCAACAUCAACUAGCAUUACUCUACUCUUCGAUACAGUCAAGAAAGAUAAGAAAACCCGAACAUACGAAAUUGACGAUCACACCUGUCAAGAUCUAGAAAGUUUUUUGCGUGAUAUUCUUUCCAAAAGGCCGUUAUCGGAAAUGAAUCAAAAGUUGUUCAAAUGCGUCGUAUGUAAUGCCAAGUUUUCUAGGGAAAUCAACACGAAAAAAGCUUACGAUGAUUUACAAUGUCCUGAAUGUCAUGGAGGCUAUUGUAUUGAGAUACGAGAAUCACCGAUUAAGAAAUUUUCGGACGAUAUUGACAAAACGGCGGGCACUGAAGGUGAUACCAAUGCAUCUGACGUCGAUGAUUUCGCUCACCCUGUAGCAGGAUCUUCGGGUCUUUGUACUACUUUGAAGAACAGUGGCUCGAAAAACAGCAUUGAACCACCGGAAGUAUGGAAGUCACCGGUCAAAUACAAACCGAGAUCCGCUGGCUCAUUGAAUGAUUCAUCUUCUUGCUCUCGGAUAUCGCAACCAAGUAGCUCCUGUGAUUCAAAUCGAAGUGUAGCAGGAAGCACUAAUUCUGAGCGGGACCGAGAUGCUGAUUUACUUGGUAACGAAAGUGAUAUUGAAGUUCUGAGCAACCCUAGUCAAAGCAGCAUUGAGGUGCUAGACAGCGGAUUUAAUCCAAGCAGAAAACACUCCGAAGAUCGGAAGACGCUUGCUGUCCCAGGAUUGGAUUCAAUUAUCGACCAAAGCUUCAACUUAUCAGUUACGCUCAUCAAUCAGGAGACAUCAACGAAUGACCUUAACACAGCAACUGGAGAGGAUUUCGACAAAAAAAUGCAAUUAGAAAAUGUUCUCAUCACUAGUCCACCACAAGAAGAAAGUGAAGAAAAUUCAGCAGUAAAGCCCAAUCUUCAUCAGCAAAUUCUGCAACAUAAAAAAAGUUUCCUCGCUGCUGCAAAUCUAACCGAAAGUAGUUCUUCUGGAUCCGUUACCGAUAGCGUAUGCACUGCCUACGAAUCAAAUCAAGAGCAAAAACAACAGACAUCUGUUUCUGAAGAAGCAUCAGGAAAUGAGGAGGUACACACUGUAAUGUCUCCUUCAUCCAAAGGAGAUAAUUCGGUUAUAAGCACGAUGCUUGGAGGCCUGUUCCAAUCUACCAACAUGUUAAUGUCAAAGACUCCGAAGCAGAGCAAAUUGGAUAAUGCAUCAAAAUUGAUAUUUGAACCAAUGCGAUAUUCGUAUACCGACUAUGCAAACGUUGAUCAUAGGUUGAAACUGUAUCUUUACCAACAUUUGUUUGAAGAUUCAAAUGAAGGGUUAAAAUGGCUGGUAUCGUGCGUUAUUUUUGAUGAAAACCGACUGGAUGAGUAUCCCGCUGGUUUCGACGGGUUAUUCAUUAUGUCUACAACAAAGUUUUACAUUAUGAAAAAUGUUGCUGCCGAGAAUGAUGAUCCGUCAACUUGGUUGAAAAAAUAUCUUUCGGGAACAAUAGAUCGUGUGGGGAUUGCUCAGGUGCUGCCUUGGAAGAUUGGAGUUAAAUUUGUGAUAAGUGCCAUUGGUGGUAUCCACAUAAUUUUGCAAGAUAUUUUGCGAACGGAUUGUCUCAUGUUGUUCUUUGCAGAAAAUCCUCUUCCGGAGUAUUGCACACUUGACUGUCAGCCAUCAGAAUUGCUCAACGGCAAACUAAGCAAAGCCACCAACGAGGAUAUGGUUAAAAUUUUGAUGAUAAUAAAUUUUUGUGAUGUUCUAUCCAACGAUGAGCUGCAGAGUAUCCAGUUAUGCACCUUACUACUGACAGACACUAAUUUCUAUGUGGCAGCGGACAUCAAAUGGCUGAACGAAAAUCGCAAGUAUCCAAUUGAGCCGAAAUUUUCGCAGCUGAUGACAAAUCUUGUGGAGCUAGAAGACAUCAACAGCCUAUCUUGCCGGUUGCACUUCAUGGAUGAACAAGAGGACAAGUACGAAACAUGGCGGAUAGACUUUGCUACUGAAACCGCCAAAGAGAGCACUGUAACUACUGUUUGUAACUCAUGGGAGAAAAUUUUCGGAGUGCCUUUAAUUAGUAAAAACACUACCAGCAAUAAUUUUAACAAUAAAGAUAGAGCGAUAUGUGAAAGUAACACUAUUAAUGAUAAUGUAAAUAAUUCAAAUAAUAGUACGAACAAUCAAAAAAAUUGAUGUGUAUAUAGACUCAUUACAUGAUUUAGUUGGUAUGUGUCGUUUCCGUUAUAUAAGUUACGGUGUAACAUAUUCGUGUUCACAGAGUUUCGUGCAUUGUUUAUCAGGGGAUAUUAGGUCUUGUUUAUACAAAAACAGUUUUACCACCCGUUUGUGUGUUUUUAAUUGUGAAAUAUGUAAUAUAUUUAUAUCAGUUUUGGCUGUAUUUAAUCAUGCGUUAGAUAACUAUAAUCAGAUAUUAAAGCUAAGUACAGUAUAUCACCCUUAGUUUUUUUCAUAGUUGUGAUUAAAACUUAUUGAUUUUCGAGUGCAAAAAAAAAACACAAUAUUUCUGAGAAAAAUUUAGAGAAUUAGGCAUUAUAGUUAGGUGCUGUAUGCUAUCCUCACCUAUAUUUUAAUCAAAAAUCGUGAUAAAAAAUAUUGACUGGUUAAAAAAAAAAUAAAAUGAUUACGAGGAAAAAUUCUUUUGACGGUCCCAAAACUUUUAUUCGUGGAAAUAAUAAAGGUUUAAAACUAAAA